GUGCAAGCUGUAGCCCUGCGUAUUAAAUAAGAAUUGGUCAAGGAAGAACAAGUUGUUCCACAAGAAAAUAUGAAUAAAAAUUGGAUCCGUGAAUUAAGAAGAUGAAAGAUAAGAUUUUCUUCUUUCAUUUUAAUAAAUUAUUCCAAAUCCCAAUCUUGGAUUUUUAUAAUAUGGGCUCCAUAUAAUUCAGAAAAUAAAAAACGUUUGCCACUGUUAUAAAUGUCGUUUUAGAACUGCCUAUUCAUAUAUUUCUGUGCAUUUGAUUAAACUUUCUGCAAAUUCUUACCCAAACCCAGAAUUACAGGAAACUAAACGUCAGGAUGAUGAGUUCACAACAAAGUACAACAAAGGAAGAGGAAGAUUGCUUACGGGCAAUUCAAUACGCUACUUCAACAGUGCUUCCUUUUGCUUUGAAAGCCGCCGUUGAUCUUGAUUUAUUCGAGAUUAUAGCGAAAUCGGGUCCAGGUUCCAUGGUUUCUGCUGCUGAGAUUGUCUCCAAACUUCCUGCUAAGAAUCCUAAUGCUCCCGAAAUCAUCGAUCGUAUACUUCGAUUUCUGACGGUCCAUUCGGUCUUGGAUUGCAAGCUUGUUACCGAUGAAGACGGAAACACGACGAGAUUAUAUGGUAUUGCUUCUAUCGGCAGAUAUUUUGCUAAAAAUAAAGAUGGAAUUUCCGUAGUUCCAAUACUGCAUUUGACUAUGGAUAGACAUAUGAUCGAGUGUUGGAACUUCUUGAAAGAAGCAACAUUGGAAGGUGGGUUGUCAUUUGUGAGGGGAUUUGGAGUGGACAUUUUCGAGAUGGCUGCAAAAGAUAGAAAUUUAGCCAAUACUUUCAACCACUCAAUGUCCAACCACACUGCCAUAGUCAUGAAUAAAGCCCUACAAAUCUACAAGGGUUUUGAAGGCUUAACCCAAGUGGUUGAUGUGGGAGGAGGAUGGGGCACAAAUCUUAAGCUCAUUAUUUCAAAGUACCCUCGAAUUAAGGGCAUUAACUUUGAUUUGCCCUUUGUUGUUAAAGAUGCACCCAAUAUUCCAGGUGUGGAGCAUGUAGGAGGAGAUAUGUUCAACAAAGUUCCUAAUGCAGAAGUUAUUUUUAUGAAGUGGAUACUUCACGAUUGGGGAGACAAAGAAUGCUUGAAAUUGCUAAGAAAUUGUUAUGAAGCAAUAUCAGAGUGUGGAAAAGUGAUAGUAGUGGAAUCAGUAUUGCCAGAACUGCCCACGCCUAACAUUGUCACAGCCACAACACUCACUUAUGAUGUGGGAAUGCUUCAUUUGCUCCCUGGUGGAAAGGAAAGAACAUUCAAAGAGUUUGAGACAUUGUUUGUUCAAGCUGGUUUCGCUGCUUUCAAACCUAUUUGUCGUGUUUACAAUUAUUGGGUCAUUGAAUUGUUGAAAAAUGUGAACAAUUCACCACAAUAGUUAUUAUCAUUUCAUCUCCCAAUUACAGAGGUAAGCACCGUAUUUCAUCCCAGAAUCGAAGUUGAAAAAGAAGAAGAGAGAUGAAGAUACGAAAAAGAAAGAAGGUAUGAGGCCAGUCAAGAAGAAGAUAGAGCAAGAUUCCAAUAAAUUCAAUUACAAAAUCAAGUGCAUCAAUCGUAGGUACUUUGUGUUAUUAUUUUGGUUAAUAUUGGUAUAUUUGGAUUGUUUACAAAGUAUUUGUAAUGAAUACAUUUCUAAAUUUAAAUAUUAUAUAUUUGAGUUUUAUUUUAUUAUAAA